UAUUAAGACACAGUUUGUCGUCGUAAUUUAUUUCUUACUUCCUGGUCCACGAGAAACAUUUGAAAUGGCUCUUAUUUUGUUAUUGUUGAUACUUUCUUCAUUAUUCUGUUUAGUAGCAACAUACGAAAACCUAGCAUUGAACAAAACAGCCUGGCAAUUGCAUCCCUACCCUAAUCCUUCAUGGGGAGCAGAUCGAGCAGUGGACGGACUUAAAUCAGACCUGUCUGCUCAUGGAGGACAGUGUACAAUAUCAGCAUUGGACCAAUCAGAGGCUGAGUGGAGGGUGGACCUUGGAGGGGUACUCAGUGUACAUCACAUUUCUAUACAAUACAGAACGGACAACUUCCAGUGGGACUCAAGCAACGGUUUUUCUGCCAGAUUCCUUGGAUUUUCUGUGUUCAUAUCAAACACAACCAGUAGAGAAAACGGAAUACUUUGCUUUAAGGACACAAAUUUUACCAGAACAACCAUUCCAGAAUCUAUAACUGUUGCCUGCCCUUACCAUGGAAGGUAUAUUAUUUACUACAACAACAGAACUCACCCUCCCUAUCCGUCUGGGUAUUCUACAGAGGCACACAACGGUUUAUGUGAAGUAGAAGUGUACGGAUGUCCUAAACCAGGGUUUUACGGACAGAACUGUUCGACUCCUUGUCUAAGCAGCGACUGUCAAUACUGUCAUCUAGAGACAGGUGUUUGUGACGAAUGCAAACAUGGAUUUCUUGGACUAAACUGUAUUUCAAGGUGUGACAAUCCACAAUACUAUGGAUUAAACUGUUCCUUGCCUUGCCCUGAUGUCAACUGUGCUUCGUGCAAUAUUCAGACUGGACAAUGUCAGGAGUGUAAGCCUGGCUAUCAAGGAAACAAAUGUGAACAAUCGUGCAGUACUGGUGAAUAUGGGUUACAUUGUAAGCAGAGAUGCAGUGCGUUCUGUAAUUCAUCAGGAAUUUGUCAUCCAUUGACAGGAGAGUGUAUAGAUGGAUGCAUAGAAGGCUGGGAAGGGGCGCAGUGUUUAAAAGUUAAAACGCAAACAAUUGUUGGAAAAAGUCAUGUCAAAAAUCAAGCAGAUGAAAUCAACAGUACACCACUGUACAUCGUUUUGGGAGCUUUAUGUGUCUGCAUAGUAACCAUUGUUCUGCUUGUUGUCUACAUUUUCAAAAUACGUAAAGACCAAGAAAACCAUAUGAAACAAGAACAAUAUGAACAAAGAUGUAAAGAAACUGCAUUUACACAGGAUAUAAGUGGGUACGAUUCGGUGAUUGGUCGACACGACGACAACUACCAGGAACUUCACAAUGUUACGAAGGACAGAUAAUCAAUCACUAUGAUACAAAUAGUAAUAAUAACAUGCACGAUUAAUAAAUUUUAAUCAACAGUACAAGGAAAACAAUUUGAUUUUCUAACCUUUUCUUCUAAAAACCAUGGGUUUUAUGGAGUAAUUGUUUUACGACAAAUUGUUUUGAUUGAGACCUAGCGUGCAUUGAUUUGUUACUUAAAGUUUGCUACAGAAUAUAUUGGAAUUAAUAAUAUAUCAAAAGUAUUAUCAUCUCAUUUUAUACAAAAGACUCAUCUUCAAUAUGUAUUCUCCUUUUAUGUUUUGUCAAAUAAUGUAAAUAAUAUAUGUAUAGCAAAAAAAAAAUAUAAAUGUUUAUUUUGUCGUACAAAAUGAUCAGUAUUACAAGUGUUGGGACAGCUUCACAGAUAGAACAUUACUGCAUAGUUAUUUAAAGACCUAAACUUAUUUAGCCACAUUUCUACUUAUUUCCACUUUUCUUAGCAUGAAGACGCACAUUAAAAUUAGAGUCGGUUUAGGUACAAGCUCAGUAAUCCAUCUUAAUCUAUCUUUAGAUAUUGAAUGCAAUAGUUAAUACAUGUACAAUUCACAUCUAGCUAAAUGAUACAUGUCUUGUUGUUUGCCACCGUUUAGUAGAAUGGUCCAGUAAUCAAAAUUGUGUUUAGAAAACUGUA